AUGAACCAAUGGCCUUUGGGCCAACUGGCAUCUCCUCUCCCCAUAGAAAAGGGUGACGGUUGGUUAAGUCAUGGGCUUGAUCCUGUUCAGCCACCUCCAACAAGUGUUGUCUUUACUCAAAAUCUACACUCUCUCAAAUUUAACACUACAACAAACAUGUCUAGAAGACUUGUAGGAGACUUCUACUCAAGGAGAUUGCUCUUACACAACCCUCUUCACCAUUCACCAGCUGUAGCGUCUCCUCCGGCCGCCGGAAUCAUCCACGAGUCCUCAGACACCUACAACGGGGACAACAGCUUUGAUGCAAAUGUUGUCAUGGUCCUCUCUGUCCUCCUGUGCGCCCUGAUUUGCUCCUUGGGGUUGAAUUCUAUUAUAAGGUGUGCCUUAAGGUGCUCAAGUUUAGUAGUUUCGGAUUCCGGAAAUAGUACCUUGACCGGGCGGGCAGCCAACACCGGCGUCAAGAAAAAGGCCCUCAAGACUUUCCCAACAGUAAGUUACACGAUGGACCACAACCUACCGGGCUUGGACGCCGAGUGCGUGAUAUGCCUAUCAGAUUUUGCACCCGGCGACCGCUUGCGUCUUUUGCCAAAGUGUCACCAUGGCUUUCACGUCCGGUGCAUCGACAAGUGGCUGAGUUCACACUCAUCUUGCCCAAAAUGCAGGCACUGCCUUAUUGAGACAUGCCAAAAGAUCGUUGGCAGCUCGUCGGGACUACCGCCACCACCGCCACCUCCGAUGCAAGAAAGCACCGUACACAUUGCACCACUAGAACCUGAAGGUUUUAUACAUAACUAUAGGGGACUUAGUUGAAGUAUAUUCAAUUUGUUUGUAUGAUAUGGUAGCUCUAGUUUAGCCCCUUAUAGUAGUAAUUAGUAGCAGAAGGUCACAAGCCAACC